UCCCCAAGGGUGACGUUUAAAUACGAUGGCUCCACGAUCGUCCCCGGAGACCAAGGGGUGGACUACGAAACCUUCACAAGGAAGUGCACAGAUGACGUUCGGCUGUUCGGCUUUGUCCGGUUCACCACGGGCGACGCCAUGAGCAAGCGAGUCAAGUUCGCCCUCAUCACCUGGAUCGGGGAGAGCGUCAGCGGCCUGCAGAGAGCCAAAACCGGGACUGACAAGACGCUGGUCAAGGAAGUAGUACAGAACUUUGCCAAAGAAUUUGUGAUCAGCGACCACAAAGAGCUGGACGAGGAUUACAUCAAGAACGAGCUGAAGAAAGCAGGGGGGGCCAACUACGACGCACAGACUGAGUAAACGCACGGCCCUCCUGGCACCACCACCGGCAUCUCCAAGGGAGGGGAAAGGCCCAACCAACUAACCCAGCUGAGAUGAGGCAACUGAACGAGCACCCACCUUUCUGUGCACCUGAGAGUUCCCUUUCUUUGCAUUCAGCAGACUUUUGAUUUUCCAUUCCGUCUAAUGAAACACCCCUCUCCGGGGUGCUGUUUCUCCCCCCUCCACCCUAUUUUUUACUCAUAACUUUGUCCGCGCUCUUGCAUCUGUGGAGUUUAGGUUUGGCUCUGCUUUGGUCUGUAUUCAGCAUCGUGUUCGUAGAGGCUUGCCCUUGUGUCCUUCUUCGUACGUGUGCGUGUGUGUGUUUUAGUUGGGCUCAGGCUGGUCUCG